AUGAGAAGCUGGAUGCUUUGGAAGCAACGCAAAGCAAAUGGGCUGCUUAUUUGCUGCGGAAGCGGCGGCAGAAGCAGCAGCAAAAGCUGCUGCAGCAGCGCCGCCAGCUGCUGCAGGACGCAGAACUUGCUGCUGCAGCAGACGCAGACGCCCCGGGCCCCAAACGCCCCCAGCUCGACUUUGCUGCGCUCCUCGACCAGCUGCUGCUCGACGCCGGCGAAGACGCUGCUGCUGCUGCGCUCCUGCUGCUGCCCCACCAGCAGCAGCAGCAGCAGCAGCAACCCGCAGCAGCCAGCGUACAGGCCCUCCUCCACCAAAUGGAGCCCCAGCAGCAACACGCACUCCUCGCCAUAUUUGAACUUCCGGGGCUGCAGAGAGAUAGCCCCUGAGGAAGGUGACGUGCUGCAGCGGCUGCAGCAAAUGCUGCUGCCGCAACUCUUGGAGGAGGAGGAGAAGCUGCUGCUGGAGCAGCGGCCGCUGCAGCAGGCACAGCCGAAGCAAGAGCAGCAGCAGCAGGAGCCGCAGCUCAAAGAAGAGCAGCAGGAACAGCAAGAGCAGCAACAGGAGCAGCAGCAGACACAGCAGGAGCAACCCAAACAGGAAGAAGGCGCUGCCGCAGCAGCCAACGAAAGCACCAGCACGAGCACUAGCGGCAGCAGCAGCAGCAGCAGUAGCAGCAGCAGCAACAGCAACAGGAUAUGUCGCUGGGCUGUCGGAGGCCGGCCUCUGAAAGAUCUGCUGAAGGAGCUACUGGAGGACUUAGAGGGCCGGGUGGCAGCAGCAGAAGGGGUGCCCCUGGCUGUCCAUCUGCUGGAGUGGCGUUUGCGGCAGAAGCGGCAGCAGCAGCAGCAGGAGCAGCAGCAGCAGCAGCAGCAGCAGGAGCAGUCGGAGGCUGGGGAUUCGCAGCAGCAGGCGGACGCGCAGCAGCUGGACCCCGAGCAGCAGCAGCAGCAGCAGCAGCAGCAGCAGGAGCAGCAGCAGCAGCCCAAAAAGAGAGCUGGAAGGCCCAGAAAGAUUAGACCUCCGCAGCCAGAAGAAGAACCCUCAGACACAGAAAGUGCUUUAGACGAUCCCGACGAUCCCGACAGGCCCGAGCCCUUCACGGCAGAAAUGAAACUCCAAAAGGAACAGCUGCUGUCUGAAGGCUUCUUAAACUGGAACAGAACGGAAUUUACGAAAUUCGUCAGCGGCCUGAUCCAGUUUGGGCGUGACCGGCUGGAAGAGGCCUGGCAAAUGCAUUUCAGCAACAGCAACAAAACUGUUGAAGACCUCCGGAAAUAUGCUGCUGUCUUUUUCCAAAGAUACUCGGAAAUCGAGGGGGGAGACCGAAUGAUGCAGCGCAUAGAAAGGGCGGAAGAGCUGCGGGGGGCUUUAGACCUGCAGCGGCGGGCCAUUCAGGCUACUGUGGAGGAGCAGCUGCUGUCGGGGACAGUGUCUUCGCCGCAGUGUCUGCGGCUGCCGCCGGGCCUGGGGCCUUCGGGUGUCUUUACAGAAGAAGAAGACAAACUGCUUUUGUGGGGUCUUUAUGAACAGGGCGUCAGCGCCUUCCCCCUCGUGCAUGCAGCACUGAAGUUCUUCUGUUUGGACAGCCGCCACUUCUUCCGAAUUGCUUCUCGGAGUCUUAAACAUGUAGAAGAAAGAUGCAGAGAAAUCAUUGCAGCAACAGAACAGUCCUGGGCAGCAGCCACCGGUCAGGCUCCCGAGCUGCUGCGGGCCCGCCAGGCCCUGCGCUCUUGCCGCGGCCUCUCCCGGGGGGCCCGGGGCCCCCGGGGGGCCCCCCGCAGUCUGGAGGGGGUAAUAGGAUGUCCUGACGAAGUUGAUGAAGAAACAGAAAAGGCAAAUAACAAUCCUUUAGAUGAGUUCGACGAGGCCUUUUCCCACCUC